CGCAGCUGAUUGAAUUCCCAAGGCAGCAGCAACAGAACACGCAGCAAUAAUUCAUUUGUUUUGCAAUUGUUUAUUGUUGCACUUUUCUCGCAUUUAAUUCGCCUUAGUUAACAUGUCAUUCCUGCGAAAAUCCCGUAAUCUGUUCAAUGCUGUUGGCGCUGCCCGCCAAAAUGCCAAACUGUUUAAUGCUGCGAUAGCUCAGCGUGGCUACAGUUCAAAGUCAGAGGAUGAUGGUGCCACAUUUCCAGGGGCACGUAAUGCGUCAUUCGUGAACGAUCUGAAACUAACGCUGCCUGAGGAUUAUGCUCCCAUUCCCAUCUAUCGUGUGAUGGAUCGCGAUGGUUACAUUCUCAAUAAAAACGAGGAUCCCCAGCUGAGUCAAGAGGUGGUCGAGAAAAUGUUCCGUGACAUGCUACUGCUGUCCACCAUGGACAAGAUCCUGUAUGAAUCGCAACGUCAGGGCCGCAUCUCUUUCUACAUGACGAACUUUGGAGAGGAGGCAUCGCAUAUUGGCAGCGCAGCUGCUUUGGAGAUGCGCGACAUCAUCUAUGGCCAGUAUCGGGAGGCUGGUGUGUUGGUGUGGCGUGGCUUCCGCAUCGAUCAAUUCAUCGAUCAGUGCUAUGGCAAUGUAGAUGAUUUGGGACGUGGCAAACAGAUGCCAGUACACUAUGGCUCCAAGGAGCUGAACUUUGUCACCAUCUCUAGUCCACUGUCCACGCAAAUUCCCCAAGCUGUAGGUGCUGCCUACGCCUUGAAGCGACGACCCGACAACGAUGCCUGUGUCAUCUGCUAUUUCGGUGAAGGUGCUGCCUCCGAAGGUGACACACACGCUGCGUUCAACUUUGCCGCCACACUCGAGUGUCCAGUCAUACUCUUCUGUCGCAACAAUGGUUUUGCGAUCUCCACGCCAUCCAAUGAACAAUACCGCGGUGAUGGCAUCGCUGGUCGUGGUCCCAUUGGUUAUGGCAUUGCCACGAUUCGUGUAGAUGGUACUGAUGUGUUCGCCGUCUACAAUGCAAUGAAGAAGGCUAGGGAAUAUGUGCUUCGCGAGAACAAACCUAUUGUGUUCGAGGCCUUGGCAUAUCGUGUGGGACAUCACUCGACUUCGGAUGACAGUACAGCCUAUCGUUCAGCCGAUGAGAUCGACGUGUGGAACACUUUUGAGCAUCCCAUAUCCAAGCUCAAGAAGUACAUGGUCCACAAGGGCUGGUUCAACGAGCAGGAGGAGACGGAAUUUGUUAGCACCGUGCGCAAGCAAGUGUUGAAGCAAAUUGCCGUGUCGGAGAAGAAGUUGAAGCCCAAUUGGCGUGAGAUGUUCGAGGGUGUCUACGACACAAUUCCUGAACAUCUGCAGCAGCAGCAGCGUGAGCUGGAGCAGCACAUUGAGGCGCAUAAGGAAUUCUAUCCACUGAAGAGCUUCAAGCAAUAAAAUUGCCAACUCUGAAGCGAAACUAUUCUACAAAAACUUAACCGGAGAGACUCAAUCGAAAGUGCAUUUAUUAAGCUUAAGCAAUAUUAUCGUUUUAUGUUUUGUUUUGCUGCUGGGUACAACCCAAAAGCAAAUCUCCUUUUUGUCAAAUGUUGUUAACUCAAUUUAAAUUUUGUAUUUUUUAUUUAGAAACAUGCUAUACAUUUUUGGUGUUUUUAAAGACUUGUAACA